UGUACGAACACAGCUGUAAUUACCAGCGCUGCAGAACUGUAAGUGUAGCCAUGGCCUAAAUAAUAUAACCCCACAGUCACCCUGUGGCAAGCAGCGGUGGACUUAGGGCAAUUCAUGUGCUUUGGCCAGCAAAAGGUUUUUAUGUGGGCUUGUAAAGUCCCCAGUAGUCGGUAAAGUCUCAUCACCAGAGGCCAGGGUGUGGCUUAUUCUGUGUUUAAAUAACAAACAAAAAUCCUUAAUACAGUGGUCCCCCAACUUUUUCUGUCACACCUCUCCUUACCAGUAAUGGAACCUAUUCUUCUCCCACCCCCGAGGAGCUGUGGUCAGGAGACGGGUCAGGCCCGGGGCUGGGAGUGGAGCUGUGUUCAGGAUCAGGAGCCCAGACUGGGGCUGGAGCAGAACUGGAGGCAGAGUCGGGCUGGGUGUCCCUCCCUCUCCAAGGGGGCUGGCCUGCCCCCCCCAAACCUGAACAUUCCUCCAUGCCCUCCUGGGAUUGGGAGGGAAUGUCCCACAGUUUGGGGACCUCUGCCUUAAUACAACCACUCCAGCACAACUAUGGAUGAAGGAUUGGGGCAAUGGAGAGGGGAGGAUAAAAACCUAGGGAAGUGGCUCGCUCUUUCUGUAAUCCCAAGUGUUAUUGAAAAGAAUAUUUAGUACUUUAGAAAUAUUCUUAAUAUUCAAGGCUCUUUAAUUUGCAUAAUCCCCCUGUGAGACAGGUCAGUAUUAUCAGCCCUACUGAAGAGUGUCAAUCGCAAAGCAGUCAGUUAUGUUCUCAAGGCACCAGGAGUAAGUGGUAUAGUUGGGAUUAGAAACCAGGAAGUUCUAGGUCCCUGUUCUUGUCCUUCCUCAGAGAAGCUACUCUUACUUUGGCUAAAAUAAGGAAAGGCGCUCACCCUAUAUCGGGGAUUCUGAUAGAUACUUCAGCCGGAGCUCUGUUGGCACAUGUGUAGAGUAAGAAGUCAAAGUCAGCUCUGGAGUAGAGCUGGUUGGAAAAUGGCUUUUUUCUGUGGAAAAUUUAGAUGGUUUUUGUUGAAAAACAAGAAUUUUGUAUAGGAAAGUGCACUCAUCUGGUGAAAACUUCCUUUUGUCAAAAACUCAGUUUUCACCAUAAAAUUUUCAACAAGUGCUACUGAGAAGUACACAAGUGAAAUUCUUUGUGACUUCAAUGGGCAUUGUACCUGCUUGUGCUAAAGCUGUUUUUGACCCAUAGUUGUAAGGGGGAGAAGAGGUUUAGAAUGGCUAAUAUUGCAGUCAAUGAUCACUAACAUCCAGGGUAUUUUAUGAUUUCCCCUGAAGAACUAAAAUUAGCUCUUUGGCUCAGAGCCCAGGAAGUCUACAAAUGCUCUUGAGGCCUUAGUUAGUUCUUAAUUGAAUUGAAGUCUGUUUUACGAUUGCUGAAAAUGGCCUAAUUAAGAUGCUAAACAUAAUUUUAUAUUAAUAUGGAUGCAAUGGCUUGAUCCCCUUCCCAAAUUUUAAUCCAGUUCUGUAGGAACCAUAUAAUCAAACCCCAUAAAACUGAACUAUAUGUUGAUCUCCCGUGUGCCCAUAUCCCUAUUUUUUCUGGUCAUGUCAGAUACACCCCCAAAUCCUUGGAUAUGCUGAGUUUUACUCUCUAUCUAGCCCAUGUAAUCUUGCUGGUUAGGUCAAGGCAUGGGUCUCUAGCAUAGCAAAUGGAUAUUCAGCAACUUCUGUGCCUCAAGUGGGUUUCUGUUAGGAGAAAAUUAGAGUAAUCUUUUAGCAACAACUCUCUCUCAAAAAAAACCCAAACCAUGAACUUGCUAUAGUAACACUUGAUCAUUAAGAAUAUUAUAGUUGUAUAGACAGUGCCUGCUUUUUAGCAAAAGAUACUGUGUGGCAAACAGUGUAGGGCUGGAAAAACUGGGUCAUUUUGGCAAGUACAGUAGAGGUACCUUAGGUCUAAUGUAUUUAACUAUGAAACAUGUAUCCUCAAAUAUAUCUUCACAGGAGGGAUCAUCUGCAAAAUGCUCAUCAGCACUGAGACUACUUACAUUAGAGGUUCCACUUGGCUUAGGAGUCAGAAAGAUGGAAUGACUAAAAUGUAAAAGUGUAACACCAUCAGCACUUCUCCUAAAACCAGAAUGUGAGGACUGGAUGGAAAUUAAGACGGAACAGAAACAUUGUGCUUACGUCACAUUAACUAGAAAACAAUGGAACCUUUUUCAGAAGUAUGGAUACAGGAAAUCUCUAAGAAGGGAGAGGAGUGAAAGUUCAUGGAAAUUCUGGCAGAGAUCUCUCUCAACUCAGAGACCUCUUGUAAGGGAUUCUGCAUUGAGAAGGAACCAAAUGUUGGUGCAGAAGCACGAGCACUGAAGAGCACAUCUAUGCCCUACAAGUACUGCUGGCCAAAAAGAGUUCCCUCUCUACUACGAAGCGCAUGCACAUCGUCAGUGGAAUGCACACAUGCACAACACAGCUCGAAGAACUCCAGUUACUGUACAUGGAUUAUAUAUUGGCUUUGUAUACACUAGCACAUAUCAAGCAAGACAGAUGAACUCCAGCCUUGUGUGCACUUUCAAUUAGCCCACAAGAUGCAAUUUAGUAUGAAUCGCAGGCACCUUUGGAAGUGAAAGAGAAGUCUGAGAUCUCUGGCUGGAAGCUGAACGUGAUGACGGCCUGGUCUAUGGUGGAGAAGUUGAAAAUGGAGAAGAGGCAUUCCAAAGAAGAGAGGAAUGUGGAGCAGGAUGCUGGGGACUGCAGUGCUGAAUCUGAGGAAUGGACAAGCUCAGAAAGUGAGCCUGAACAACCAUGCUUCAAGAACAGCUGUAGCAAUACUCAGUGGAGGGAAAAGGAAAUUUCUACUAAACCACAUAGGCAACUCUGUCGCUCUCCUUGCCUGGAUCGUCCAAGUUUCUCACAGAGCAGUAUCCUUCAGGACUUGAAACUGGAAGAGUGUAAAAUAAACUUGGACAAGGAAUACCAGGCUAAAAUGGAUUUUGCUUUAAAGCUUGGGUAUGCUGGAGAUCAGAUCCAGGCAGUGCUGAACAAGUUGGGAGCAGAUGCUCUAAUCAAUGAUAUUUUGGCAGAACUCGUGAGACUUGGCAGCAAAGGUGAAUCAGAGGGACAAGGCAGUGUCGGCAGUAGUAGUGGUACUCUGGUGUCCAGGGGUCCUUGCCCAAAGGAAAUAGCCAGCCCUGAACUAUCACUUGAAGAUGAAGUAGUGGAUAACACUGACAACUUAAGACCAAUUGUCAUAGAUGGAAGUAACGUGGCUAUGAGCCAUGGGAAUAAAGAAGAAUUUUCCUGUCGGGGAAUUCAGCUAGCUGUUGAGUGGUUUCUGGAGAAAGGACACAAAGAUAUCACUGUAUUUGUACCUGCGUGGAGAAAAGAGCAGUCUCGACCCGAUGCACCAAUUACAGAUCAAGAAAUUUUACGUAAAUUGGAGAAAGAAAAAAUUCUUGUCUUCACCCCAUCUCGGCGAGUUCAGGGAAGAAGAGUGGUCUGCUAUGAUGACCGGUUCAUAGUAAAACUGGCUUUUGACUCAGAUGGCAUCAUUGUGUCAAAUGACAAUUAUCGGGAUCUUCAGAAUGAAAAGCCAGAGUGGAAGAAAUUCAUAGAGGAACGCCUGCUAAUGUAUUCUUUUGUGAAUGACAAAUUUAUGCCUCCUGAUGAUCCUUUAGGACGCCAUGGUCCAAGCCUUGAAAAUUUCCUAAGAAAAAGGCCUGUUAUUCCUGAACAUAAAAAACAACCAUGCCCUUAUGGCAAAAAAUGCACCUAUGGACACAAAUGUAAAUAUUACCACCCAGAACGUGCAAAUCAGCCUCAGAGGUCAGUAGCAGAUGAGCUUCGAAUAAGUGCCAAAUUGUCUGCUGUGAAAACUAUGAGUGAGGGAGCUUUGGCCAAAUGUGGCACAGGAUCAUCCAUUUCCAAAGGAGAAAUCAAUUCCGAAGUGAAACGUAUUGCCCCAAAACGCCAGUCAGACCCAAGCAUUAGAUCAGUUGCUGUGGAACCUGAGGAAAGACUGUCAGUAGCGCGGAAGUCAGAAGCCAACUCUGUCCCGUCUCUUGUUUCUGCAUUAAGUGUACCAAUAAUCCCUCCUUCAAAAAGCCAUGCUGUUGGUGCAUUAAAUACUCGUUCUGCAAGCAGCCCUGUACCAGGUUCAUCGCAAUUUACUCAUCAAAAAUCCUCACUAGAACACAUGGCCAGUGUGCAGUAUCCUCCCAUACUGGUCACCAAUAGCCAUGGCACUUCUGUUAGCUAUACAGACCAGUAUCCCAAAUACGAAUCUUUAGGGGACCAUGGCUACUAUUCCAUGCUCAGUGAUUUCUCCAAUUUGAGUAUAAGCAGUAUGCGUAACACAGAUUAUUAUGGGGCUGAUGCAGACCAAGGGAUGUACUCUAGAAAUUCAAGCCCCUGUCCUGACACUCGCUUAAGCCAUACAAGUAAUGAUUCUUAUUCCUCUUAUAAUGAUUUGUAUCUGGGUGUAGCAGAUGCCAGAGCAGAAGACAAUGUGAAGGUCCACAGACUUUCAUCUCAAAAUCGUCUUCAGCCUUUUUCCCAUGGUUACCAUGAAGCCUUAACUAGAGUUCAGAGUUAUGGAACUGAAGAGCCUAAACAACUCCCUCGCAAACAGUCUGUUUCCCAUUUAGCACUGCAUGUCCAGCAUCCAGUUGUUGGAGCACGAUCCAGUUGCCCAGGAGACUACCCAGUGCCUCAGAAUGUUCAUCCAUCAGCCACUGCACAGCCAAGCCGUGCCUUGGUCAUGACAAGAAUGGACAGUAUUUCUGACUCACGGCUUUAUGAAAGUAACCCUAUGCGGCAGAGAAGGCCACCCCUCUGUCGAGAGCAGCAUGCUAGUUGGGAUCCAUUACCAUGUGCUGCUGAUACUUACGCUUACCACUCCUAUCCACUGAGCAACAGUCUCAUGCAACCAUGUUAUGAACCUGUAAUGGUAAGAAGCAUGCCUGAAAAGAUGGAGCAACUGUGGAGGAAUCCAUGGAUUGGGGUAUGUGGAGAGCCACAGGAACAACAUAUUAUUCCAGAACAUCAGUAUCAGACAUACAAGAAUCUCUGCAAUAUUUUCCCUGCUGGUAUUGUCCUCUCAGUAAUGGAGAAAAAUCCCCAUAUGACAGACGCACAACAGCUGGCAGCUAUAAUUGUUGCCAAAUUGAGAACAGGGCGUUAAAAAGUUAGAACUUCUUUUUGAACUCUUAAAGACAAAUAGUAUUGAGAGUAUAGUGGGCAGGGUCUGGAGGAAAAGUUACAAAUAAGGGAAGUGGGCAAAUCUAUUGUAAAUAUUUUCUAAUUCUGUGGUAUAAAAUUCUGUACCCUAUAGCAAUCAUUAAAUAUAUGUGUGAGGCACUAUAUAAAAGAAGAUUGUAUUGUAAAUAUAAUGAAUAUUUUAGGAUUUCAAAAAUAGGGCAUUUUAAAGGUAUUUUACAGGAAGUGCAUACAUUUUUGCAUGAAUAUAUUAUUUAACUAAGAACUACAAGGUUACACUUUUAGAGUCUAAAGCUGUUCAGUCAAAACUAUUGUUAGCAAUUAUAUUGCAUGUAUCAAUGUAUAUUUCAAUUUGAUUAUAAAUAUAUAAUUGGCUUUUCAAAAUAUGCUCUACACAUUCCAGGAUCAUAAGACUUUGGCUUUGACACUGCAUUCCUCUGGGUCAAAUAUUUUUUUUAAUGGGAUAACUUGCCAACAAUUAAAAUAAUCCUCCGUUUGUAAAACAAACCUGAUCUAUUCCCUUUUUCACUUUUAAAUGUCAACAUAAUUGGUAUCGCUUAGCUUUUAAAUCUGUCCACCCAGGGCUUGAUCCUGUAAGGUUUGCUGAGCACUUUGGCCCCAAUUCACCACAGGCUCCAAUCCAGAAAAGCAUUUAGGCAAAGGUGCUCAGCAUCUUGCAGGAUUGAGUCCCAAUUCAAUGUUAAAAGUAGGAUAAACUGUAGCCUUCCUCUUCAGAAGUACCGAUGAGUACAAAAUGUACAAUAGUACAUUUUAAAGGUCAAUUGUAGACUGUCACUUUACUCAUGCACUGUUCAUUACUCACCCUCAAGUGGAGGGGAAGGUAGUGGAUGUUAAUGUGUGAAUGUCCAGUUUAGUAGAAACUGCAACCCUUCUUUUGUGGCUAGGGAUAGUAUUUGAAGGAUUAGACUUACACUCCAACAAAUGUUUAAAAGGGGAGAGGGGCUGGUUCUGAAAAGGGAUGCUACAUCUUUGGCUUGCUGCAACCUGGCCUACUUUGCACUUCAGGUUGACCCAAAGGUGUGUAUUUUCCUCCUGAAGGAUUUUAAAGUUUUUAUUUUGACAGGCAAGAAAAAAAAUUGUGUGUGGCAUUGUUUGCGCAAUUAGUAUUUUGCUCAGGGGUGGGAACCUUUGUAGCUAAAUGCCUCCAUAAGAGGCGUUUAUUGGUUUUUUUAAGCUGCACUGAAUGGACGCCCUUUUUGAAUCUAUGUAUAUUUCAACAUUUUGAACCAUUACUAACUCGAUAUGUCUCGAGCUAGGACUUGUUGACUUCUACUGUAGUUUUUUUCAUGAAAGUUGAGAAGGCCUGGUUUAUGGCCUUUUGUUUCUUCAUGAGAAGGUGUGACACUGCCUAAAUGUUUCUUACUGUGAAACACACAGAACGUGAGGCUGCAGUCAGGGUUGUUUCUGGUGUUUUGAUAAUGGCUUGCAUGCUGCUUUCUGGUUCUGUUUGUCUGAGGACCAAAGACUACUACAUCACUACUUCCACUUGCUACUGUAAAACCUGCAUUGAUUCUAAGUGUAUCUUGUGGGCUAUUUAUCAUGUGCAAAAUGUGAAAGAGUUAUAGAUGCAAUUAAAGUAAAUGUAUUAGUAUGCUGGCUGUUCACAUCAUUUCACACAUGAUAAAUAUUCUAGUGUCCACACAGCUACCGCUCAGACUACUUACA